UUUACUGUCAUGGAGACAUGUUGAAAUUUUAUUGCUCACAAGUUCAUAAUAUGUUUUCUUUUUAUUUCUAAGUAGAGAUGGGUAGGCAUUCCGGACUUAAAUAUAAUUAUUUAGAUGAACAUCAUUUUUGUGACGACGAAAUACUUUAAGAAGUCGUUCCCUUUCUGAUCUAUGGAAUCUACAUUCCUCAUCAAACCAUGGUUCGGAGUGUAUGAGUCUAAUCUUGUUAUGGCGCUUCAUACUACCGGCUGCUUCACAUACCGCUUCUGUAAACUGAGUGACAACCCCAUCAAUGUCUUCAACGAGUAGAGUACAUUUCUCAAAUAUGUCAACAACAGCAGGUAACAACAAGUUCUCCCUGAACUGUUGGAGAUACUCUAUGUCCCAUACAUAGCGGUCCGUUACACGUAUUGCACGUGCUCCUCAGAAUCACAAAACGUGUGAUUUGAAAUGAGACGAUAUGAAAUUUCUUGUUAGUGUGGUUACAUUGUUAUUUCACUGUGGUCCACACAUCCUGGUUCAAUAUGAACUCAAUGUAUGAAACGACCUUAUUUAUCAGUGUAUUGUGUUUUAAUAUGUUCUAGUUUAUGAGACAUCAGCAGGUGGGAGUGAACGUGUGCUACGCAUGAAUCAGAGGAAUACCUUCCUGGUUCUUCAUUCACACGUUCCCGUUGACCGUCUACUGACAUCCGGGAACACAAGUGUCGUUGUGAAUACAUAUACACGGUCUUUGUGUGCUCGGGUGUAAUGAUCCAAGCAAACUAGGUGAAGCGAGUUACCGAAUAUUCUGGGCAUAUUGAUUGAACUCACAAAAGAGAUUAGUUUUGUAUUGCGGAAACUAUUCAGUUCUUGUCGAAACCGGUUCAAUGACAAGCUUGAUGCAUCUCAUUUCGCGGAUUCAACUGGUUUGGAGUGUCGGGGGUAUAUAUGAUGGUUGAUUCUUGGUGGACGUGUAUUCUGAGUCUACUGGCAACUGUCAGUCCGGUGGCCCUGCAAACUGAUGGGGGCUUUUCCCAGUGGUCGACGUGGACUCUUCCGUCAUGCGCAGUAACGUGCGGCGCAUCAGCCACGGCCAAGGUGCAGAGAACUCGUGCCUGCAACAACCCUCCUCCCAGCAAUGGCGGAUCACCCUGCACAGGAAGUACUGCUGACACAUCAGUUGUAAAUUGCAACCUUUUAGACUGUCCAGUGAACGGCGGUAUAUCAAAAUGGGGGCAAAGGUUGUUGUCCAGGUGUGAGACUAAAGCGAUAGCUUGUUGUCCAGGUGAGACUGAAACAAAAGACUGUUGUCCAGAUUCAUCGUCGUCCACGUGGAAGCUGGUUGUAGGUAUUUCUGUCGGAAUAGCUGCUCUCCUGGGUCUUAUAGUCAUCGUGGUAUGUGUCGGCAGGCGACGAAACUGGCCACAGAAGGUACAAAAGGGUGUAUAUUCUUUCAAGAAAAAGCCUUUCGUCCCUGACAGACUCGAGUUGAUUGCUUUACUUGGCGAGGGGAAGUUUGGUGAGGUGUGGAAGGCUCGAGCUCUCAAUGUCCUCUCAAGUGGACAGUGGGACUUCGUGGCUGUGAAGAAGUGCAAAGGCAAUGCCACAGAGGCAGUACGACAAGACUUCAAACAUGAAAUUGAACUCAUGAAGUCGUUACCGAAGCAUCCACAUGUUGUGAACUAUCUCAGUUCUUCUACCAAAGCAGGUUCUGAUAUGCUGUUACUGGAGCUUGCUCCACUGGGCAAUCUGCUCAACCUUUUACGCUCAAGACGCCCGAAACCGGGUGCUGGAAGUCUGCCAAGGUCACCAAGUCCAAGUGCCGAGACACAGGAACUGACAUCUGAACAACUAACAAUGUUCGCGCACCAGGUCGCUAGAGGAAUGAAACACCUGCAGUAUAACAGAAUCAUUCACCGUGACCUGGCAGCCAGAAACGUGCUUCUUGGUGAGAAUUUGGUCUGUAAAGUAUCCGACUUGGGCUUGGCCAGACAACUCUCAGACACAAACGAAGAUGCAUACGAAACAAAAUCUGAGGGUCCGCUUCCUAUCCGGUGGAUGGCUCCAGAAUCUCUCAAAGACAGAUUGUUUUCUACCAAGUCUGAUGUGUGGUCCUUUGGCAUCUUACUAUGGGAGAUCGUUACGCUAGGAGCAAGUCCCUACCCGGGGCAGUCUGCCAGGGACGUCAUGAAUUUCGUGACGACAGGAGGAAGGAUGCCCAGGCCAGACCACUGUGCUCCGGAGUUGUUCUCUCUGAUGCCGAAGUGUUGGUGCCAGGAUCCGGAGUCUAGACCGGACUUUGAGGUUCUGAGCAGUGAGCUGGACACCCUGUUGGAGGAGUCUGGCGACUACAUCCAGCUGUCGGACUACCAUAACCUGUAUUUGAUCUUACAGGGACAGUCUGGUAACCUAGAGGAGAAGGUCUGAGAAUCAGCUGAGAACAAUCUGGACGCUACUGUCAGACCUCUGGGGAGGAAUAUCUCGCUCCUGUACAAAUAGCUCCUAACGUCUUCUCGCAAUACAUUAUUCUCAUGUUAUUGUUUUGCUGGAAUAUCUAACACCCGUGAUGUU